AUUCCAAGCGAUUCUUUUCCUGCUAUUUGUCUCUAUCUCAAAUACAUUUCCUCUGGCCAAGUAACAGGUCUUUCGAAAAAAUGGAGCACCUUCCAAAGGAAACAGCUGUGGAAAGCAGUGGGCCAAAGGUUUUAGAAACAGCAGAAGAAAUCCAGCAGCGGAGAGAAGAGGUGCUGAAUCGGUACCGGAGGUUCAAGGACCGGGUUGCUGAGAGAGGGCAGAAGCUCGAAGAGUCCUAUCACUACCAAGUUUUCAGGCGAGAUGCAGAUGACCUGGAGAAAUGGAUCAUGGAAAAACUCGAGAUUGCAAGGGAUAAGACCUAUGAGCCCUCAAAUAUCCAGGGGAAAUAUCUGAAGCAUGAAUCCUUUGUAGCAGAAAUACAAGCAAAAUCCAAGGUCCUGCCAGAACUUGAAGAAAUCAGGGAAACCCGAUUUGCUGAAGAUCAUUUUGCCCAUGAGGCCACCAAGACUCAUCUGGAGGAGUUGCGCCGCCUGUGGGACCUGCUGCUGGAGCUGACCCAGGAGAAGAGUGACCUGCUGCUGCGGGCGCUGAAGUUCUACCAGUACUCACAGGACUGUGAAGACAUCCUGGAGUGGAUCAAAGAGAAGGAAGCUAUCGUGACCUUAGUAGAGCUUGGUGAGGACUGGGAGCGAACGGAAGUGCUGCAUAAGAAGUUUGAGGAGUUCCAAGAAGAACUGAACAUCCGGAAAGGAAAGGUGGACAGAGUGAACCAGUAUGCCAACGAGUGUGCCCAGGAGAAACACCCUAAGUUGCUUGAGAUAAAGUCAAAACAAGAUGAGGUGAAUGCUGCCUGGGAGCGUCUCUGUAACCUGGCUCUCAAGCGACGAGAAAGUCUGUCCAAUGCUGCAGACCUCCAGCGAUUCAAAAGGGAUGUGACUGAAGCCAUCCAGUGGAUGGAGGAGAAGGAACCUCUGCUCACCUCUGAAGACUAUGGCAAAGAUCUUGUCAGUUCUGAGGCACUGUUUCACAGUCAUAAAAGACUUGAGAGAAACCUUGCAGUCAUGGAUGACAAGGUGAAGGAGUUGUGUGCCAAAGCAGACAAGCUGAUCACUUCCCAUCCCUCGGAUGCCCCUCAGAUUCAGCACAUGAAGGAGGAUCUGGUUUCAAACUGGGAGCGUAUUCGUGCUCUGGCCACUAACAGAUACACAAAGCUGAAGGCUUCUUAUGGAUACCACCGGUUCUUGUCUGACUAUGAUGAACUCUCUGGCUGGAUAAAUGAAAAGAAUGCUCUCAUCAAUGCUGAUGAGCUGCCCACUGAUGUGGCUAGUGGGGAGGCCCUGCUAGCCAGGCACCAACAGCAUAAGCAUGAGAUUGACUCUUACGAUGACCGAUUUCAAUCUGCUGAUGCAACUGGUCAAGAGUUGCUGGAUGGCGAUCAUGAAGCCUCUGAUGAAAUUCGUGAGAAGAUGACAACACUUGCCAAUGACUGGGCUGCUCUGCUAGAACUAUGGGACAAACGUCAGCAUCAGUACCAGCAGUGUCUGGAUUUUCACCUCUUCUACCGAGACAGCGAACAGGUGGACAGCUGGAUGAGCAGACAGGAGGCCUUCCUGGAAAAUGAGGACCUGGGAAACUCACUGGGUGGUGUACAAGCCCUUCUUCAGAAACAUGACGACUUUGAGGAGGCCUUCACCGCCCAGGAAGAGAAGAUCAUAACCUUAGAUGAGACAGCCACCAAGCUGAUUGACAAUGACCACUACGAUUCAGAGAACAUCGCUGCUAUCCGAGAUGGGCUGUUGGCCCGCCGGGACGCUCUGCGAGACAGGGCUGCCACUCGGCGCAAGCUGCUGGUGGAUUCACUGAUGCUGCAACAACUGUAUCAAGACUCGGAUGACCUGAAAACCUGGAUCAACAAGAAGAAAAAGUUGGCAGAUGAUGAAGAUUACAAGGACAUACAGAACUUGAAGAGCCGGGUUCAAAAGCAGCAGGAAUUUGAGGAGGAAUUGGCAGCUAAUGAGAUCAUGCUCAACAACCUGAAGAAAACUGGCCAGGAGAUGGUUGAGGAUGAUCACUAUGCCUCUGAGGCUGUGGCUGCUCGUGUGAGCGAGGUGGAUGGGCUCUGGAAGGAGUUGCUGGAGGCCACAGCACAGAAAGGAACCCAGCUGCACGAAGCUAACCAGCAGCUACAAUUUGAAAACAAUGCAGAAGACCUGAAGCGCUGGCUCGAGGAGGUGGAGUGGCAGGUUGCCUCUGAGGAUUAUGGGAAAGGCCUGGCUGACGUUCAGAAUCUGCUCAGGAAGCACGGCCUCUUGGAGUCAGCUGUGACUGCUCGUCAGGAUCAGGUGGACACCCUCACAGACCUGGCUACACACUUUGAAGAAAUAGGCCAUCCUGACUCUGGGGACAUACGGGCAAGGCAGGAGUCCUUGGUGUCCAGGUUUGAAGCCCUGAAGGAGCCUCUGGCCACCAGGAAGAAGAAACUCAUUGACCUGCUCCGUCUGCAGCAGAUAUGCAGAGACUCGGAGGAUGAGGAGGCCUGGAUCCAAGAGACAGAGCCUUCUGCUGCUUCCACCUACCUUGGCAAGGACUUGGUUGUGGCCAAGAAUCUCCUGAACAGACACGAAGUCAUCCUGGCAGACAUUGCGAGCCAUGAGCCCCGCAUCAAAGUGAUCACGGAGAGGGGAAACAAAAUGGUAGAGGACGGCCACUUUGCUGCAGAAGAAAUAGCCUCUAGAGUGCAGAGUUUGAACAAUAACAUGGAGUCUCUCCAUGCUCGAGCUAUGAGGCGGCAGAAUGAUCUUGAAGCCAGUGUCCAGUUCCAGCAGUACCUGGCAGACCUUCAUGAAGCAGAAGCAUGGAUCCGGGAGAAGGAACCCAUUGCGGACAAUACAAACUACGGGGCUGACGAAGAAGCAGCCGGGGCUCUUCUCAAGAAACACGAGGCCUUUCUAGUGGAUCUCAACGCAUUUGGGAACAGUAUAAAAGCUCUGCGGGAUCAGGCAGCAGCCUGCCAGCAACAGCAAGCUACACCUGUGGAUGAGGCUGCUCAGGAAUCGAGAGUCAUAGCUUUGUAUGACUUCCAGGCUCGCAGCCGCAGAGAAGUGUCCAUGAAGAAGAACGACGUCUUAAUUCUGCUCAGUUCCAUCAACAAGGACUGGUGGAAGGUCGAAGCUGAUGAUCACCAGGGCUUUGUCCCAGCAGUUUAUGUCAGGAAACUGGCCCAUGAUGAGCUCCCGGGACUCCCUCAGCGGAAGAGGGAAGAACCAGCCAAUAUUGCCCAACGCCAGCAGAAUAUUGAAGACCUGUACCACUCCCUCCUAGAUCGAGCAGAGGAACGCAGACGUCGUCUACUGCAACGUUAUAAUGAGUUUCUGCUGGCCUAUGAGGCAGGAGACAUGCUGGACUGGAUCCAGGACAAGAAGGCAGAGAACACUGGGGUGGAGCUAGACGAUGUUUGGGAGCUCCAGAAAAAGUUUGAUGAGUUCCAAAGGGACUUGAAGAACAACAAGCCCCGGCUGAAUGACAUCAACAAGGUGGCUGAUGACCUGCUGUUUGAAGACCUUCUGACCCCAGAAGGAGCUCACAUCCGCCAGGAACUGAAUACCCGCUGGGAUUCCUUGCAACGGCUGGCAGAUGAGCAGCAUCAGCUGCUAAGUAGUGCCCAUGCUGUCGAGAUGUUUCAUAGAGAAGCAGAUGACAUCAAGGAGCAGAUUGAAAAAAAGUGUCAUGCCCUCAGCGUUGCAGACCCAGGCUCAGACCUGCUCGGUGUCCAGGCCCUGCAGCGGCAGCACGAGGCCUUUGAGAGAGACACCAUUCCCCUGGGAGAAAAGGUUACCGUAUUGGGAGAGACGGCAGAACGGCUCAGUGUGUCCCAUCCAGAUGCCACUGAAGACUUGCUGAGGCAGCGAACAGACCUGAAUGAGGCCUGGGAUGUCCUGCAAGAGCUUACAAUGGAUCGCAGAGAGAGCCUGAACGAGGCCCAAAAGUUCUACCAGUUUCUCAGCAAGGCCAGUGAUCUAGAGAACUGGAUGAAAGCUAUUGGUGUCAUGAUAUCGUCACCAGAACUGGCAGAGGACUUAACUGGCACAGAGAUCUUGCUGGAGCGACAUCAGGAGCACCAUGCUGAUAUGCAAGCAGAGGCCCCUGCCUUCCAGGCUUUAGAAGACUUUGGCACAGAACUUAUAGGCAGUGGGCACUAUAAUAGCCCUGACAUUGAAGAUAAGCUUCUAGCUGUUAAAGGAAAGAGAAAUGAUUUGGAGAACGAUUGGGAAAGGCGCAAGAAGAUGCUGGACCAAUGCCUAGAACUGCAGUUGUUCCGAGGAAACUGUGAACAGAUUGAGAGCUGGAUGGUGGCACGUGAGAAUUCCCUGAGGUCAGAUGACAAGGACUCCAUGGACAGUCUACAGGCUUUGAUGAAGAAGCGUGAUGAUUUAGACAAAGCGAUCGCCACACAGGAAGGGAAGAUCAGCGACCUGGAACUCUUUGCUGCUCGGCUCAUAGACAACGACCACUAUGCCAAGAAAGAGAUUGCUGCUCGGCUCCAGCAAGUGCUCAGCAGAUGGAAGGCUCUAAAAGAACAACUGCUUGCUGAACGGGGAAGGCUUGGGGACUACGCUGACCUGAAACAAUUCUAUCGUGACCUUGAGGAGCUGGAAGAAUGGAUCAGUGAGAUGCUGCCCACAGCCUGUGACGAGUCCUUCAAAGACCCCACGAACAUUCAGAGAAAAUAUCUGAAACACCAGACCUUUGAGAAUGAAGUCAAUGGCCGUGCAGAGCAGGUAGAAGGUGUCAUCAACCUGGGGAAGUCGCUGAUUGAGCGGAGGGCGUGUGAUGGUGAUGAAGAAACUGUGAAGGAGCAACUGGACAAACUGAAAGAAAACUGGGACUAUCUCCUUGAGAGAACUAUAGACAAAGGGCAGAAGCUCAAUGAGGCAAGUCGCCAGCAACGGUUCAACACCAGCAUCCGAGACUUUGAGUUCUGGCUCUCAGAGGCAGAAGGGCUGCUAGCCAUGAAAGAUCAGGCCAGGGACUUGGCUUCAGCAGGAAACCUGCUUAAAAAGCAUCAGCUCCUGGAAGCAGAGAUGCUGGCUCGAGAGGAACCACUCAGAGACCUGAAUGAUUUGGCUAAGGAGCUGAUCUCCAGUGGGACUUUCAACGUUGAGCAGAUUGAAGAUAAAAUGCAUGGUGUCAAUGGGCGCUUCGAGAAUGUCCAGAACCUGGCAGCAGCACACCAUGAGAAGCUAAAGGAGAUCUACGCCUUGUUCCAGUUCUUCCAGGACCUGGAUGAUGAGGAGGCCUGGAUAGAAGAGAAGCUGUUACGUGUGAGCUCAAAGGACUAUGGAAGGGAUCUGCAGAGUGUUCAAAACUUACUGAGGAAGCACAGACGCCUUGAGGGGGAGCUGGUGGCUCAUGAACCCGCUGUCCAGAAUGUUCUAGAUAGAGCAGAGAGUAUGAGAGACAAGGCCGCCGUGGGGCAAGAGGAGAUCCAGGAGCGGCUGGCUCAGUUUGUUCAACAUUGGGAGAAGCUGAAAGAGUUGGCCCAAGCUCGGGGGCUACAGCUGGAAGAGGCUCUGCAGUACCUGCAGUUCAUGGAGAAUGCCGGGGAGGAGGAGGCAUGGAUGGCUGAGAAGGAGGCUCUGGUUGCCCGAGGGGACUCUGGAGACACCCUGGCUGCUACCCAGAGUCUGCUGAAGAAACAUGAAGCACUGGAGAAUGACUUUGUUGUCCAUGAAAACCGAGUGCAAAAUGUGUGUGCCCAAGGAGAAGACAUUCUUAGUCAGGUUCUGCAGGAAGAUGCUCAGAACAAGGAGAAGAUUUCUGCCAAGAUCCAAGUUCUUAAUGAGAUGACACCUUCUCUGGCCAAGGCAAUAGCUGCUUGGAAGUUGCAAUUGGAAGAUGAUCAUGCUUUUCAGCAUUUUAACUGGAAGGCUGAUGUGGUGGAAUCCUGGAUAGGUGAGAAGGAAGCAAGCCUGAAGACCAAGAUCAAUGGCACAGACCUCACUGCCUGUCUCUCCCUCCUGGCAAAGCAGGACACACUGGAUUCCAGUCUUCAGAGCUUCCAGCAAGAGCGGCUUUCUGAGAUCACUGACCUGAAGGACCAGCUGGUGGCUGCUGAGCAUAGCCAGUCCAAAGCCAUUGAAGAGCGUCACGCAGCCCUGCUAAGGCGCUGGGAGCAGCUGCUAGAAGCCUCUGCAGCUCACAGGCAGAAACUUCUAGAAAAGCAGCUACCUCUACAGGAGGCUGAGGAGCUUUUCAUGGAAUUUGCACACAAGGCCUCAGCUUUCAACAACUGGUGUGAGAAUGCUGAAGAAGACCUGUCAGAGCCGGUGCACUGUGUCUCCCUGAACGAGAUCCGGCAGCUGCAGAAGGACCACGAGGCUUUCUUAGCCUCCCUGGCUGGAGCUCAAGAAAACUUCAACCAUUUGCUCGAGUUGGAUCAGCAAAUUAAAGCCUUAGGUGUGCCUUCCAGUCCUUACACCUGGUUGACAGUGGAGGUACUAGAAAGAAUCUGGAAGCACCUGCCUGACAUCAUCAAGGAACGGGAGCAGGAGCUGCAAAAGGAAGAGGAAAGACAAGUCACGAACUUUGAAAUGUGUCAAGAGUUUGAGCAGAAUGCCAGUGCCUUCCUCCAGUGGAUCCAGGAGACCAGGGCUUACUUUCUGGAUGGAUCUUUGCUCAAAGAAACAGGGACUCUGGAAUCCCAAUUGGAAGCAAAUAAGAGGAAACAGAAGGAGAUCCAGGCAAUGAAACGUCAUCUGACCAAGAUUGAGGACCUGGGGGACAACAUGGAAGAGGCUCUGAUCCUUGACAUCAAGUACAGCACCAUCGGACUGGCCCAGCAGUGGGAUCAGCUCCACCAGCUAGGAAUGCGGAUGCAGCACAAUCUGGAGCAGCAGAUCCAGGCCAAGGAUACCAUAGGUGUGAGUGAGGAGACACUAAAGGAGUUUAGCACCACCUAUAAACAUUUUGAUGAGAAUUUGACAGGGCGCUUGACUCACAAGGAGUUCCAGUCAUGCCUGAGGGGACUCAAUUAUGGCUUGUCCAUGGCGGAGGAAGAAGAGCCUGAACCCAGGUUUCAGAAGUUCCUGGAUGCUGUGGAUCCAGGGAGGAAGGGAUAUGUCUCCCUGGAGGACUACACAUCAUUCCUGAUUGACAAGGAGUCAGAGAACAUCAAGACCAAAGACGAUAUAGAGAGUGGCUUCCAGGCUCUGGCCGAGGGCAAGGCCUACAUUACCAAAGAGGACAUGAAGCAGGCUCUGACCCCAGAACAAGUGUCAUUCUGUACCAUACACAUGCAGCAGUAUGUGGAUCCACGGGGUCGAAGCCAACCUGCAGGCUAUGACUAUGUUGGCUUCACCAAUUCAUUCUUUGGAAACUAAGAAGUUGAUGGUUUGGGAUCAUAGAAA